GUACGUAAUGUUUACGUUUAUUGACAGUCAAUGUAAAAAAAAACAGCUGAUUACAAAGUCACAUCUAUCGAAAGUAAAUCUUUAAACUUCUGAUAUCGUGAAAACAUAACAAUGACUCUUCGUCAUGAUCAGCGAGUCCGUUUAUUGUACAAAACGAUUCUCAGAUUACAUAGAGGCCUUCCCGUCGAACUGCAACCUCUAGGAAACAGUUAUGCCAAAGACGAGUUCAAGAGACACAAAACCUGUAAUCCAGCCGAGGCUCAAGUGUUUUUAGUCGAAUGGACAAACUAUGCAGUCCAGUUAUCUCAUCAACUUGGACUCGGAAUCAAAGGCAGGCCGAAAGAGAAGGUCGGUGAAUAUUUACCGGUGAACAAGUUGGACGAUUUGAGAGAGGAACAAGUCGUUCAAUUGUACGAAUUAAUGAAAGCGGCAACUGGAGAGACAGAUGACAAAAAUUCUAAGGAACAGCCCGAUGGGACGAAGAGUUGAAACGAAUAGGCUUUGUGUGUAGAAGCGAAAAGUAUUUAUUAAAAGAAAAUUGGAAUUGAA